GAGUGGAAGCAAUUAGUCCGUCAGUAUGCAUAGCUGUUGCAUGAAUUAUGACGUUUUCUUGCAUAAUCUAACAUAGUGAGUUAUUUCAAAUUAGUGGCGAAUUAAAAACUAGAAAUAUUUCCGGAAGACGUCGAAAAGUGAAGUGAGCCUAACGGCUUGUUCUCUAAAGAUAAGAGAAUAACUGUAAAAAGGCUAGAGCUCUACAUCAGCUGAAAAAGAUGCUAAGCCACCUCAAGAAUUCUCCGACGGUGGCGGUGGGAAUAACAAUCGUCGCAGCACUUCUAGUCUCCGCUUCUCAUGGGCAAGAAUGUGACUGCAAAUUGACUGAAUACAAGACCUGUAACAAAGCAAUCGAUAUGGCCGUAUUGAUGCAAAACUCAACGGCAAUUCAGGCUCUCCCAGUAAUUUACCUGGCCAAGAAGGACCUGGAAGAGCAGGGCCUAAGAGGUCCUCUUCAGGACUGGAGCAUCCGAAUCAAAUACAGAGAUACUAAAGGAUCUAACGUGGACGCAGCCCUCGAAGCUUUCCGACUGCAUCACGAAGCCACGGAGAGGUGCCAGCGAGCAGUGGCGCAGGCCCCUGCGGCGGACUGCGGGGAAGAGGAGCUCUCCCAACUCGACGUUUUCUUGGGUCCGGUCGAAUCAUACUCGAUGGUGGUCGUAACACGCCAUUCUACUCGCUGGAAGACGCCAGUACUCAGCCCCGCUGGUAAAAUCAAGAGCUUUGACGACGAAAAGUACCAGUCACUCUACAAGAUACACGGACAAAAUUCCCAGUUGGCGUCAAGCAUACGGAAAAUGUGGGCGGAAUGGGGUUGGAACGUCACAUACUUGUUGUUCGAAGAUUAUGGAGGGGACUCUGUGAAAGGGAGAACAGCUUGUUUCUUCGGAAUGGAUUCGAUCUACAAGAAGCUGUUGGCAUAUAACUACACAGUUCAUCACAUUAUCGUCCCAAAAGAUGAUCAUUACGAUCCAGAAAAAGUUAUUAGCACCAUCGGAGAACAAGCCAGAAUUGUGUUGAUGUGUUUCGAAAAUCGAUCACGUUUAAUAGACACCAUGAGGGCGGCAAGAAAUCCAAGAUACGCUUCUAAGGAGGACUACGUUUUCAUCAACGUCGACAUAAAAACCGAAUCUGAAGAAGACUACUGGCCGUGGUUGGAACUUGAUUCAACAAUUGCUGAAGCAUUCGAACCAAUGUUUGUGGUCACUCCUAGAACACCAGCAACUGAUGAUUAUAGAAAUUUCACCAAAAGAGUAAGAACGUUAGCUUCUGACCCGGAUCAAAAGGACCUACGCGACCAUCUUCAAAACAUCACCGCAAAUAGCGAAGCUCCCGCAAGUUUGAAUUCAAGCACUCUGGUCUCUCCAUUCAUAGCGAGUUUUUAUGAAGGGGUUUGGUUCUUUGUCGAAGCAUUCAACAGGACCCUCGAGUUGAAGCGAUCCAAUCCGAAUAUUUCAGUGAAAACUGAAAUAUUCAAUCAAAUGAAUACCGGCACCUUUUACAGUCACCUCAAGAAAAGAAAUUACACUCUGACGGAUAGAACCAUACCUGACGAAUACUCGGUUCUGAACUGGCAAAACAUUUCUGGGAAAAAAUUAUUCCAGGAAGUGGUCGUAAUGGAGGGUACAUCUGAAAGUACAGAAGAAUGGAAAUCUAAUAAUGCCACCAUAUAUUGGUAUGGCAAGAAUUAUACAUGGGAGCAGUGGAGAACAUCCCGACCAACAGACUCCCCGGAAUGUGGAUUCAAAGAAGAAUUAUGCAAGACAGAUCCUGUUUUGAAUCUCGUGGUGGGCCUCUCAAUAGUUGUCAUCAUACUACUAUUCGUUGUAGCCGUGGGCGUAAGGAAAUACCUCAAAGAGAAGAGUAUAGCAGAGAUGUCGUGGAAAGUUUCCUACGACGAAAUAAUCUUCAAGUAUCCCACUCCGCAAGAAAAUCAAAAACGCACGCAAGGACUGUUCGAAUCAAGAAUUUCUUGCGAAACCUCGAGCUACACGAGUCAAGAGACGUUUCUGAGCGGCAGUUUGCAAAAUCCAGAGAUAUACACGACGCUCGCUUAUUUCAAGGGGCAACGGGUUGCGGUCAAACGUUUAACUCCUGAGCCAGUCAAUCUGACCAGGGGACCUCUUCUGGAACUAAAAGCGAUGAAAGAACUGGUGUGCAGCAACAUCGCGAGCGUGCUGGGAGCUUGUUUCGAGGCGCCCAACAAUUGUCUUAUAACCGAGUAUUGCCCCCGAGGGUCACUGCAGAAUGUACUCAACAAGGAAAAAUUGAAACUCGACAAUAUGAUGAAAUAUUCAAUGCUCCACGACUUAAUUAAAGGAUUAUCGCGACUUCACUCGAGUGAGAUAAAAAUCCAUGGUAACUUAAAAUCUUCCAAUUGCGUCGUGAAUUCAAGAUUCGUUGUCAAGGUAACAGACUUCGGAAUCCUCUCCCUCCGAUACAGAGAUGAGGAUCCAGUUGAGGCAGCAGAAACACAAAAGAUAUACGAAGGGAAACUGUGGAGUGCUCCUGAGAUGCUUCGGAAGGGGUUUAAGAAUUUAUCCACUGAUCAGAUACAAAAAGCUGAUAUUUAUUCCCUCGGAAUAAUUAUCAAUGAGAUAUUCACAAGAAGAGGCACAUUCCCACUUUCCGAAGAAGAAGAUGAAUACCACUCGGCUGCAGAAAUUGUGGCUAAAGUGAAGGAAGGCACUAAACCGCCUCUUCGUCCAAUGAUCGGAAAUGACGUGGUAGAAGACAUGAAAGAACUCAUGCAGAGAUGCUGGGAGGAGCUGCCACAAAAUCGACUUCCUCUACAAAGCAUCAAACAUGUCGUUGCAAAUCAGAAUAAGCAGAACGAAUCCGGAAAUUUUAUGGACAACCUCUUGCAACGAAUGGAACAUUAUUCAAAUAAUCUAGAAACUCAAGUUAGAGAACGAACAAAAGACUAUCUUGAGGAAAAGAAAAAGUGCGAAGAUUUGCUCUAUCAACUUCUUCCAAAGUCAGUGACGCAGAAGCUUAUCUCUGGUCUUCCUGUGGUAGCCGAAGCAUUCGAUAACGUAACUAUUUACUUCAGUGACAUCGUGGGCUUCACCUCCCUCUCAGCAGAAUCUUCGCCGAUGCAGAUCGUGGAUAUGCUCAACGCUCUCUACUCUCUCUUCGACAAAAGGAUCAUGGAAUUUGAAGUCUACAAGGUUGAGACCAUCGGGGACGCCUACAUGGUGGUGUCUGGCUUGCCGACGCCAAACGGAACGCGUCACGUCAAAGAAAUUUCAAGAAUGGCUUUGGCGCUACUGAACGCCGUGACAACUUUCCGAAUACCCCACCGGCCCGAGAAGCAGCUGCAGCUGCGGAUAGGGGUGCACUCGGGCCCGUGCGUGGCCGGGGUGGUGGGGCAAAAAAUGCCGCGCUAUUGUCUCUUCGGCGACACUGUCAACACCGCAUCCAGGAUGGAAAGCUAUGGCCAACCGAUGAAGAUUCACAUUUCGAGCAGCACGCAGGAGCUGCUCAAGCAACACUACCCACAGUUCCGCCUCGAGUUGAGGGGACCUGUUGAAAUGAAGGGUAAAGGUGUAGUGACGACCUACUGGCUAAACGGCGAAGAAACGCCAGCAACAUCGACGGAUGCUGAGAAAAGCAAGUUCCUGAUAACGGACAGAAUGAGACCGAGCUUGAGCCACAACGCGAUCGGCGGUCACGAGCAAGCAACAAGACUGCACUCCAAUGUGGAGACAGGGUCAGGCAGCGAAGAGCUCGACAUGCAAACUUGGCACGACUAUUCUGCUCCAGUUACUCCUCAUCUUGCAACGCGACAACAAACCAACAGUCGCAGUAAUAACGCAUCAAGGAGUGACCUCAAGGUUAUUCUGUCCCUCGACAGUGAUUGUCACAUUCCUCUGUUGACAAACAACAAGGAAAACUCUUCCGUGUAGAUUAAGAGAUUGCAUUCUUGGACGCAUAUAUUUACUCGCAGAGAAUUAGCCGUAUUAAUUGAUGUAUUUUCUGCAGAAUUAAGGAAUUAAGCCAAAAUAUGGGUAUAGUUACGACUAUAUAUAUAUAUACUGGUGCCAACUUAUUUCAAGAGCUGUGAAUGUAUAUCCAUGAUCAUUAGUAAUAAACCCUUCUAUAGCACAGGUGCUCCUACAUUGCACCCUACGUCGUCGUCAUUCUAAAGUUGUAAAAACUAUUGUAAAUUUCUCCAGAACAUUCUUUAUUUCUAGAAAAGAACUAUAAAUUAUAAUUACAUUUAAUACAUUCAUGAGUUCAGCAUUAUUUACUUCAAAUCCUUUACGCUGAAUUUUUACUUCGAAUUCUUAAUUAGUAGAGUAUAGUCUUCAUGUACAUGAAUACUAAAUAAAUAAAUUAAUUUUACUAAAAAAACUCUUCAAAGUUAUCUAGCUGUCACACAUGCAUAUAAUCUUCGUCCAUACCUGCCAUACGAAGCAUAUUGUAGGAAUUUGAGAACGAAUCUAAUGUUAUCUAGUUAAUUAAUUACCGUAAAAAUAUUUUCCUGUAUUUUAGAAUAUUACCCAAGAGAAUAAUUUA